AUGAACAUUGUUACACGAUGGCAGGGUUCGGCACACGACUCGACUAUAUUUCGGUCGAGUGCACUAUGGCAGCAAUUCGAAGCGGGCGAAUUUCGCCACUACAUUUUAGUCGGUGAUUCCGGCUAUGCCAAUUCUCCCUUCCUGGCAACACCAUUCGCAGAAAAUAGUUCUGAGCUUCGCGCUGGAUUACAACACGUACAAGAAUAUCAGCGGGCAAUUAUCGUCACCAGGAAUUGCGUGGAACGCUCAUAUGGAGUGCUGAAGCGACGCUUUCCCGCAUUGGCCUAUGGUUUGCGUGUCAAAACAUCGACUGCUCAAAUGCUUGUUGCGACCGCUGCAGUACUCCACAACAUCUGUAUUGAUAAGAAUGAGCAAUUACCCAACACACCACCUGGCUUCACGAGCAACGAAAUAGAGAUCAACAGUGGUGCUACAGAAGAUACUCCAAAUAAUAACUAUGGCAGGAAUGUACGCAACGAACUCCUCGAUAUGUUUCAUCGCCAAGUGAACACACACACCAAUCACCUGCCUUGA